AUGCCUUCCGCCGCCAAUGGCAGAACGCGUCCAUCCCAUUCAGUCCUGUUGACUCGCAAUGUCAACAAUAAUAAUUCAAAUACUUCAUCUAAUAAUAAAGAAGUAAACCUUACAGAAUCUUUCAACAAUUCAAGUAGUAGUGAAACAUUAAGCUCAAAAACAACUAUACCCACAUCAAAUUCAACAGAAAAUAGUCCCAGUCCUGGUCCUCGUCCUGGUUCUCGCUCGUGUUCCGGAUCUAGUACCAGUAGUACCGACUCUUCUUUUUUCCCCUUCAAUAACAUAAACAAAAGCUCAGAUUUACUCACAAUGGGAGAUUCAGCUACUGCUCAUCCUGCUCAUCCUGCUCAUCAUCAUCCUCCUCCUCCUCCUCCUCCUCCUCCAGUAAAUCCACGCGUUGCAGCAUUGGCUUCUUCGGCAGGUGGUGCAGCCUCAAGCGUAAGACGUUUCCCGUCAAUCCGCGCCAUUUUCGGCUCAGAUUCACCCACAGGGUCUUCUUCAAAGGCGGCCGGAGCCCUGCGAAGACGGUUGCGCAAGAAUAACGCACGUCUUGAACAACAACAACAACAACAACAACAACAACAACAACAACAACAACAACAACAACCUCAAGAAAAUCAACCAAAUUCAACCCUUUCAGAACAGCACCUUAAACAACAAGAUUCACAAAAGACUUUAACCCCUCCAUCUUUACAUCCAACAUUGAGCUACGCGUCUUCAAUUAUAUCAACAGCUGGCCCACCACCUAAACUCGACGAUUCCAUCAUUGCAGUCUCAGCUAUGGACGAUUUUUCAGAAUAUAAGUUUAACGACGGGUCAGAUGAUGGCAUCACAACAACAACAACUCUCACAAAAGAAGAUAUGGUAGCCACUUCAACUCCAACUCCAACUUCAACUCCAACUACAACUACAAUUACAAAUGCAACUGUAAAUACAACUCUAUCAACUAUAAAACCUAGUAUCACUGCUACUAGCAACUCCACAGUUACUAUAAAACCAAUAACUGGUCGUGGAACCAGCCCAACCAAUCUUCAUCUGGAUUCUUGUCCUACACCGUCUUUGCCGGAACAUUCAUGUUUCACACCUGCUGCUUCAACUACUCGUUCCAUGAUUUCUUCCGCUACCCACUCGCGCACUAUCCCUUCUUUUGCAUCAACUUCUACUUCUACUUCUACUUCAACUUCAACUUCUACUUCAACUUCAACUUCUACUUCAACUUCAACUUCUACUUCUACUAAUACUUCUACUAUCUCUUCAACAUCAACUUCUUCCCCAAGCAUGCCCUCUUUUUCUCCACCAAAACGCUUGUCCCGACCACCUCCCCCCACUGCACUCUCAUUUACUAGCAUUAACGGGAACGCAACAAACCAUGCUUCUUCAUUAUCGUCAGCUUCUUCAUCUUCUUCCUCUACAACUGCUACAACCCCUAUAUCUACAUACCAUACCUCAUCAUCGUCUCCAUCUUCCUUUUAUUUCUCAUCAUCUUCCUCGUCCUCCUCAGUUUCUUCGUCUUACGCUUCAUCCUUCACUUCUCCAUCUCAGCUUUUAAGAGGUAAUGGCCACCACCAUAAUAAUCACCAUAGCCAUCAUGGAAAUUACCAUGGCCAUCACCACCAUCGGACUAAAGACCCAUUCCAUGAUCGUUUCAAAACUCUUGACUCGGACUACUCUCGGUUCUGCUCAAAAACAGGUGUUUAUAAAGCAAACGUACUACGUCUUUCUCUUCUCUCUUUUCUACGUCAACAAUGUGGAGACCAACAUGCGGAAUCAGCUACUUCUACGGACCCAGAUGGUGAAGGAUUGUCAUCAUCCUCGAAACAAGAAAAUCCCUCUUCUAAUAAUAGUUCACCGAGAGGCUUGGCCCCAGAGGACGUUUCAAAGCGCCUUAAAAUAUUUCACAAGUGGUGGAACGGCCUACUUAACGCGCUUAAGGAUAAAGACAAACCAGUUUCUGGCUCAGAUCGUUCAGCUUACUUGGAAGCAAUUUCUGGCAUUAUUGCACGCAGCGAAUGGGUCUUGACUUAUAAUGAUGAUGCAACUACCUCUUCGGUAUCAUCCACAGACAAAAGCACCCUUCUCAAUUCUUACAGACUCAUUUUCGAAACCCUCCUAUGUGAAACCCUUUCUUGGGUCCUCACAAAACUAUCUCUCAAAACAGUCCCAAUUUCCAUGGCUGCCUUUGCAGGCAAAGUCAUUGCAUAUGCCUUUUUUUACUCUCCCGGUGUAGCUGCCCCACUUCUUUACCUCUUGCGCGUCCCUCCUCUUGCUGUUGAUCGCAUUCUACGCGUGUCUUUCCCACUACCCGAAGAAGAUGACCCGGAAAAUCUAACCAACGGCGGAUCCCCAAUUAAUCCUCCGAGUUCCGCCUGCGACUUGGACGUAUUGACCGAGGCUGCAAACUCCAUGCGUCCUUUUUUCCCUCAAUAUGUCUCAAACCUUGUUGGAUACACUUACCAUAAGAUUUCUGGAGGGGUCCAACACUUCCAAGAAAACUCUGGAGCAAGAGCAUCAACUUUCCCAGUUUCAGGUACCAAUUCUUCUGGCAGUGCGGGUCCGUUUACAAUGACGAACCCACAUGUAUCCAAAUCACGGUCAAAACCGUUUCGUUCCUUCCAUAAACAGCAACAGCCACAACAAUCACAGCAUUAUAAUACUACCAAACAAUACCAAUCUGUUCCACAGGAAAACCCGGUCCCUAAAUCGCUUUGUACAAAUGUUUUUGCAUCAAAACCACCAACACCAGCUCUUGUUCCGGACAUUUAUGGUCCAUGGGUGCGUCGCUGGACUUCUUUCAACAGUGACGUCUUUUUUUCUUUCCUUAAGCAUUAUUAUACUAUCAUUAGCACCAUCUAUGCCGCCUCACCUUUGUGCCCACUCAACAGGCAGUAUCCGAAACAGCACCUUGGUGGUGCUUCAGGCGGACUUAGCACACCGACAAACAUGGCUACAGCAAAAACUGCAGCCGCAGCUUCUACCAGCUCUGCAUUGCAUAUGACAGCUCCGGGACUUAUUGUUCUUCAUGCUUUUAUUCUCACGGGCCUCGAUGCUGUGAUCCGGCCUCCACAGCGCAAGUCUGUUUCUUUGUCGUCAUCUUUAUCCCUUUCGUCAUCGUCAUCGUCAUCGUCAUCGUCAUCGUCAUCGUCACCAUUGCAUCUCGCGUCUGGUAACCCAAGCCAUUUGCGCCUAUCUAUUAUGACUAACGCUCUUAGAUCGGGCGCCGUAAACACAAAUGGCGCAACUCUACCACCAGACUUUCUCCCAGACUCAUACGCAGUUGAUUUGACUCCUGUGAGCUCGGCAAUGGGCCGCAGAAGAGUCGACCAGCUCAAGCUGUUGGCCGUCAUUCGCGAGAUUUUACAUAACGACGAGUCAUGUACGCCAUUUUUCGAGCCUUACUGUAUACAGCUUGAGCGUAUUUUACAUGCUUCCGCAUACCGCACCAGUCUUUAUGAUAUUGAUUCUUGUGUGGUUUUGUGCGACCUUGUUGAAGAGUUUCUCUCAAGCCUGGUGCUUUCCUCCUCGGUUCGUACAAGACACAGAAUUUCUAUCCAAAAGGACAAUGCUGUUGACUGGGGGUUCUGGAUUACUGUGGUCCAGCGCAUGUUAUCUUCGGAAAAUAGCAACACUGAACUUCGUGCCCUUGCAUUUUUAUUUAAUGUCUGGGACCAUAUUCCCAUUGCUGCCUCAAGUUCCGGUAGCCGCUCUGGUAAACUCUUUUCUCAAGACCGUUCAGCUCAACAGAAAACCUCUUCGUCCAUUUUCGAUCUCUACUUUGAUGAACAAGAAAGUCUUCGCUGGAACUGUACUACCUGGCUUCUUUCUCCUCAAAUGUGGAUGCGUUACUUUUGCCAUUGGCACCCCCUUGUACGUUCCUAUUAUCUACGACUCCUCUGUUGGCGCGUAGCUUCGGUGGGCCCAGGCCCCGAGCAUAGCGGAUUUAUCACGUCAGUCAUUUUCUCAAACCAUAAUGCUGAUGCUCGUGCACUUCUCGAACAGCGAUUGACAUAUACUUGGGCUCGGUUUGGCGAACUUGUUGAGGUUUGCGUUGCCACAAAUAAACCUGUUCCUUCGACAGUCCCGUGUUUGCCUAUUAUGCAUCGUCAACUUAAAAUUGUUCACAAUCCUGCGGCUAUGGCUGCCAAUCCUCCAGUGGCUGGUGGUGGUGGUGGAAGCAAUAGUAGCCAUAUCCCUGUUUCUGUCAUGAUGCUACAACACGCCCGUGGAAGUAACAUGGGCAGAGCGUUUCACCAACAACUUCAGCAAUAUCAGCAACAGCAGCAGCAACAACAACAGCAACAAAAUGAAACUGCAAAGGUUAAUACUAACACGCCACGCAGAAUUGACCCAUAUGAAGUAUUUGAUGAAGUUGCAUACUCAUACCCGACUCACUCACAAGCUCCAGACUUGCUCCCAUCCAAAGUGGGAGCAAGCCAAGGCUCAACUAAUGGGUCAUUUGUCUUACGAAGCAAUCAUAACAAUUUAACUUCUACCAUUUCAAACGUGAGCACACACACAAAUGAUAUGGCUUUAAGUUUCAAGAGAUAUAGCACUGGGCGGUUUGAGCAAUCAACAUUGUCUUCAACACUACAUAAGAAUAACAGAAGCUCUAAUUCAACGCCAUCGUUGCUCAACAUGGCGGCAGCUGAAGAGCAAGCUGCCCAAAGACAGAACCAAGGUACUGCUACUCAACAACAAUCAUUUGGGUCAAGCAUUCGCAAAAAAUGGGACUCUUUCAAAACAGGCAGUGGGUCUAAUCUUCGUCGCUACUUUGGGAAGAGUAGUGGUAGCAAUGGCAGCAUAAAUGGAAGCUCAGGACCUGCCCAGUUGACGAUGCAGCAGCACAAUCAACAACAGCAAGUAGAGCAGUCUAGCUGCCCAAGUUGGGGUGACACUGCAAGGCUAGAAAUUAAUGGUCGUGCGGCUUAUUUGAACGAAGUUGCACCCGCGUCUUCUUCAACAAUGGCACCACGCACACUUGAGUCUCUUAAAGAAAACUCGAUGACCUCCACAGAUCUCGGCCAACCGGUUCUUACAGCUCUCGGUGGAUCUGGCAUCCAAUCGCCCGCUCUAUCUUUUGCCUCUCUGGACGGGUUUGAACCUUCUGGUCUUGAACUGCUGCCACCUCCACAUGCACCAUUUUCUUCUGGUGGCCAUGGUGGGUCCAUGACGCCUCCAUCAUCCUCUUCGGCUGCAUCGUCGCCCACAUCUUCGCCCAUCUCCCUCUCCCUCUCUUUUUCGUCCUCCACACCCAACCAUGGUCCUUCCACGCCAGUUUUGCAUCAUACCGCUGGCGGAAGUGACUACUCACCUUGUCUUUCUGCUGAGUCUUCAACUUUUUCCAACUCAUUCACUCCCAUCUCUAGUCUUUCGUCAGCAUCAACACCGCCGUCACCUGGGUCUUUGCUACAAAAACGCCAUUCCAAUGGUGACAAAUUUGUUAGUAGUAACAAUGGUGGCUUUUUUUCACCUUCAGGGGGGAGCCCUCAUGGACGCCCCAGAACGGAGCAGCCAUUGCCACCUCUUCCUGCAAAUAUGCAGCUAGGCUCGCAGCCUGGAACUAACGGAACAAGCACACCUCAACAAGGAAUAUCACGUGCUGGCUCGCGGCUUUUGUCUCGCACAUCGUCUACUCUGGGACGUACCGGUAGCUCUAGGCUUCUCAGUCGUAGUCAGACCAUUACCUCUAAUCAUAAUUCUGACUCUAGCAUUACUGGUUCGCACAACUCCAAUAGUGCUGCAUCUCUCACGAUGACACUCAUUCCUCCACCCCCUCAAAUUUUGCGCAAACGUCCAGAAAUUGUGAGACCACGUUAUAAAUUUGGAUUGGAGUUUAGCGAAGAGUCUUUGCUCAAGCAACAAGAACUGCUUCAUUCUAAGCGUACCCAGUUGUAUUCUCAUCAUUUUGGUUCACCCUCAGGACCAGGGACUACUCAAUUGAACACUCCACAGUUUCAAGCUCAUGAGCAGGAUUACUACCAUUUCCAUGAUAACCGUUUCUUGAAUUUUGCACCUUCUUCUGCGACAGCUACAACGAGUCCUCGCGUUGUAAAACCAAAAUUGCCUUUUGAUGGGGACUCAGAUACAUUCACUGAAAACGAGGAUGACAAUACGGGAUAUAGCAUUGGUGGAUCAUCGAAGGAGAUGAAUAUGUGUUUGAGUAUGCGCAUCAAUGCUCGACUGGAGCCCAUGGCUGGCCAUGCAUUUGGGCUUGAUAUCUCGCCAGAAGCCCUAGAACUUGUCAAGUAUCUCCAGCGCGAAGCGCAACGGAUGCAGAACAGAUAUACAAACAUGUUCCGUUCCAAAGUCCAACUUGUUCCACAAACAGCAACAGUUGUGGGGUCGGUUUCUCCUCGCCCGGAAACUCCCUCACUGGAAAAAUUUGGAGUUGAAAUGAUGGGGUCUACUACAUUGGAGCCUACCCCAUCAUCUGUUUCUUCAUAUCGCACAUGUAGUGAGGGGACAAGCAGUACUGGAAAUUGUAGCACUCAAGCGUCGCCAAUCUACACAUCCUUUAACGAUGGCCCUACUGAAAUGAGAACUCUCGGAACAGCAACGUCGAUGUUGUUCAAGCAUUAUAACAACAGACACGGACAGCAGGCAUCAUUUGCAAGUAGCAAACGCAACUUAAGCAAGGUUCUAGGGCUCUACGAUAAUGGAGAUGAUGAAGAUGACAGCGACGUGACAUUUGAUUCUAAAAUGCCAUCAGCUGCCGCCCCACCCACUAAUGUUACUGAAAAGCCUCUUCCUGUAUCUGCGGUACCUGCGGCAUCUGGAGCCUCUGGAGCAUCUCCCCAGAUAUCUCUUUCAUUGACAUCGCCCGACUUGUCUGACAUUUUAAGUCAUUACGGUGACGAUAAUAGCAGCGGUACCAAUAGUCCAAUGAUUGAACAUGAUAGUUCUUGCGACUCACCUGUUAUUUCCGAUCGCACGACGACAAUUCGGACACGCGUGGGACACCAUUUACAACAACAAGAUAUGGUGGCCGACCGUAAUAGUGGAUCAUUUAGUAUUUGCAGCGGAAGCACUGCGACACGUGCGAGCGUGGAUCCCAGUGAAGGCAAGUAUGAUGCACUUGGAAUCCGACAAGUUCUGACUACAAGUGGUACUAGUAGUAACGGACUUUUAGGUCGCCCUGACUUGAUGUCGCUUGUACCAGCCCUUUCAUCACGAUCUGCAACUAGUACACCUACCUCAUUAACUGCUUCUGCUCUUGCUUCGCCGUUUUUGGGCUCAGCUCCUAGUACAUCCACCCGUGCACACUCCGAGUUCCCCUUUGAAUCCUCUCCAUUGUCAAGAUCCGACUCUGAAGGUGAUUCAUUUGACGAGAAUGAUGAUGGCGAUGACUACGACUACGACUAUGAUGACGACGAUGAGAAUGAUGAGAAUCGUGAGGGUUUACGCAAGUUUGAGCACAUGUCGUUACGUCGGGGCGACGCACGCGCACGGGCCAAGAUUGCAGACAAUGACAAACACUGGAAGUACGCUGGCCGCGCGCUCAAUGAGUGGGCACUUGUUGUGCGCGAGUUUCAGGAUUUUGUGAGAAUGCGGCGUAGUGUAUUUGGCGCCGGUCGACUUGAGGAGUUGGAUGUGCCAUUUAUGAUUGCUGAGAUUCCAGCAAAGGCUCUUAUUGGGUGA